AUGUCGGCGGCAGCGCCCAUCGACACUCAGUUCCACCGAGCUGUCGACUUGGUUCAAAGUCUGCCAAAAGGCGGGCCGAUCCAGACGACAUAUGAAGAAAAGCUGAAGCUGUAUUCCUUGUACAAGCAAGCGACUGAAGGCGACAUCAGUGCGCCUCGACCCGGUAUGCUCGACAUGUUGGGCCGGGCCAAGUGGGACUCGUGGAACAAGCAGCGCGGCGUGGAUAAGCGCGAGGCAAAGCAGCUCUAUGUCUCUGCGCUUCUAAAGAUCUUCCAACGAUACGAGGAGCGCGAGAACGAUGCUAGGCGCUACAUUGCCGAGCUCACAGCCAUGGCACCCCCGAGCCGUGACCAUGCUCGCUCCCCCGCGUCAUCGUCGUCGUCGUUCCAUUCGUCGCGCGCUUCUCCACCACCCGAUGUCGACCAAGGGCAGCAGUUUUCUCCCCCAGAUCCCUCGCUCCCAGCUCCCGACAUUGCUCCCAACCUGAUCCCUCCGUCGGCUCUCAACACAUCGCAUCGUUCACUGGCAACACUUCCUUAUCAGUACGACAACAAUUCGCAGUACAGCGGUGCACUCCAGCACCCUCCUGCACCUUCAUCUCUCCGUGACCCAUAUAACCCGCCGGUGACAUCACGUCCUGGCUCAUUGUUUAGCGGUGUGGGUGGAAGCCUACAGCCAACACGCGACCCACUGGCCAACCUGCGUGGGUCGGGACGACAGCAGCCGCUCGGACCCCUGGGCUACGUGCCAGAACAGCCGGGCGUGCCUCCCAGCGCCGGACGAGCGUCGGUCCCACCACGCGUACCCAGCUUGCCUCCCAUGGCGAGCGCGUACCAACCCAUCGCCCGCGACUAUGGCACACCAGACCUCCCCCACCUGCAGCACCAGCACCAGGGCUCGCAUGGCUCGCCGUACGCCAUGCACCCCUCCCCCGGCUUUCCCCAACGUCCAACCUCCGUGUCAACGUUUUCUGCCGCGCCUCUCAACCUGCCAGCCACGCUCCAGCAAAUCAACACGUCCCUGCAGGCGUUGCACGAGCGCCUCACAGCCCUCGAGCACGCGCAGGCCAUGCUGCUGCGUAAAGACGCAACCAAGAGCUCGUGGUUCUGGGCAAACUCGGAUGAGGACGAGCUGGACGACGCCGAGAUGGAGCAAGAACGCGAUAGGUGGGGCUACAACCAGCCGUCCACCACCAUUCGCCUGCGGAAGAAGAGACGAGGCGGGCUCACUGUCCGCGUGCUAUGGGCACUGCUUACGGGCGUGCGGCGUGCGAUGAUUGGCGUGGGCACCACCGUGGCCAUUGCCGCGCUGGUGAUUGCGCUCAUGAACGGCGGGUGGAGGCGGCAAGCGCGUAAUAUCUGGGGCAAGCUGCACUUGCGGGUGGUGCGUCUCCUGGCAGAUAAGUAG